CAGCCUCGGCUGCCAACACCAGGCCGCUCCCCGGGAGGAAAAGCGGGAGAGCCGUGCAAUAUGUAGCACCGGACGCAGGGUAUCAUGGGUCUUGUAGUUUGGUGGCUCAUCAGGCUCACUGCUUUGGCUGGGUGAUUCGGGCCGAGAACUACAAAGCCCAGGGGUCCGGAGCGCGGCGACAGACCGAUAAAUUGGGAGCUGCUGGGAUGGUGUCAAAGUGGCUCUUUGUCUGCAGGGGGCUCCGGGGUGGUCGCUGAAUUGGGCGGUGUGCGUCAGGUGUGCGUCGGGCGGGAGUAGCGCAGGUGUCUGAAAGAAGAUGAAUUUGGCUGAGAUCUGUGAGAAUGCAAAGAAAGGCCGGGAGUACGCGCUUCUGGGGAAUUAUGACUCAUCGAUGGUGUAUUACCAGGGAGUGAUACAGCAGAUCCAGAGACACUGCCAGUCACUGAGAGACCCAGCCACCAAAGCCAAGUGGCAGCAGGUACGGCAGGAACUCUUGGAAGAAUAUGAACAGGUUAAGAGUAUCGUCAGCACGUUAGAAAGCUUUAAGAUGGACAAGCCUCCUGACUUCCCCGUGGCCUGCCGAGACGAACCGUUUAGAGACCCGGCAGUAUGGCCGCCCCCCGUCCCUGCGGAACACAGAGCACCACCUCAAAUCAGGCGGCCCAAUCGUGAAGUGAGGCCUCUGCGGAAAGACAUGGGGGCUGGAGCCCGGGGACUCGUGGGCCGAGCACACCAGAUAUCGAAGAGUGAUAAACCUGCAAGUCGGGACAAGGACUAUAGAGCAAGAGGGAGAGAUGACAAGGCAAGAAAAAAUAUGCAAGAUGGCGCAAGUGAUGGUGAGAUUCCCAAGUUUGAUGGUGCUGGGUAUGAUAAGGAUCUGGUGGAAGCCCUGGAGAGGGACAUUGUGUCCAGGAACCCUAGCAUUCACUGGGAUGACAUAGCAGAUCUGGAGGAGGCUAAGAAGUUGCUCCGGGAAGCUGUUGUCCUGCCCAUGUGGAUGCCUGAUUUUUUCAAAGGGAUUAGAAGGCCGUGGAAGGGUGUGCUGAUGGUCGGCCCUCCAGGCACUGGUAAGACUAUGCUGGCUAAAGCUGUUGCCACUGAAUGUGGGACAACCUUUUUCAAUGUCUCCUCUUCUACCCUGACUUCUAAGUACAGAGGCGAAUCUGAGAAGUUGGUCCGUCUGUUGUUUGAAAUGGCUAGGUUCUAUGCCCCCACCACGAUCUUCAUCGACGAAAUCGAUUCUAUCUGCAGUCGAAGAGGGACAUCUGACGAGCAUGAGGCAAGCCGCAGGGUCAAGUCCGAACUCCUCAUCCAGAUGGACGGAGUCGGAGGAGCCUUAGAAAAUGAUGAUCCAUCCAAAAUGGUGAUGGUCCUGGCUGCUACGAACUUCCCGUGGGACAUCGAUGAAGCCCUGCGCAGGAGACUAGAGAAAAGGAUCUACAUCCCUCUCCCGACAGCAAAAGGAAGAGCGGAGCUCCUGAAGAUCAGCCUUCGGGAGGUGGAGCUGGACCCCGACAUUAACCUGGAGGACAUCGCAGACAAGACCGAGGGCUACUCGGGGGCUGACAUCACUAACAUCUGCAGGGAUGCUUCUUUGAUGGCGAUGAGGCGGCGCAUCAAUGGCUUGAGUCCAGAAGAGAUCCGGGCCCUGUCCAAGGAGGAGCUGCAGAUGCCCGUCACCAGAGGGGACUUGGAGUUGGCGCUUAAGAAAAUCGCCAAGUCUGUCUCUGCUGCAGACCUGGAGAAGUACGAAAAGUGGAUGGUUGAGUUCGGGUCUGCCUGACUGCUCAGCUCUUCCAUCUCUGGGAGUUUUCUUUAUGAAAUGUGAAGAAAUUCCUGAAAUUAAAAAAAAAAUCUGGAAUUUUUAAUCAGAGAAAUCUUCACUUAAAGGCCAAAACAAAACAAAAAUGCCUAGAGGUACAGAGAAACAUAGUUGAGAAACAAGAGACGCUGAUAUGGGGUCUGCUGGCUUCUGGCUCCCAAACUGUGUACUCUUGGUACAGAGUAAGCAAGCCACUGGCCAGGCUGGCGGCGCGGCUCUGUGCACGAGGACCUGUAUCCAAAGCCUUGGCAGAGUCUUCUUGCGCACACUUGAGCUGACUGUUUAUUUGGAAUUGUCACUUUGAGUGCAAUGAUCAUGAAUUUUUCAGGAAAUAACUAUCUUUAAAUCUAUAGAAUGUAAUACUUCCUGUUAGAGUCUAGAAUGUAGUUAGUGUACUCACUCCUCUUAGCUUACCAGUUCCUUGUUAGCUGCUGCCUUACGUCCAUGCCGGAAGAGUCUCUGACCAUGGCUCCAUAGACGUUCGCCAGGUGUUUUCCCCUGGCCUGUGGUCUCUGUGCCAGCGCCUCUUCUACUUCCUUUGGAAUGAUGGGAAGCGUCUUUCUUUGUUAGCAGCAGCCUUCAGCCUUCAGCCUUUGAAGUUCUCACUUUCCACUCAGUAAGUUCAAGUCAACACGGCUAUUGUUUUCUCUCACCUCCAACACUGUGUGCGUUUGUAGAACUUCAUUUCGGUGUUUAGGUCAGCAAUCUGCAUUCUAAACAAGACUAGUCUCCUAGGCUAAUGUAAAAGAACCUUUUCCCCUCUUCUGCAUGUGAGUAUUCUGCCAUGAGUAUGCAUGCAGUGCCUGAGGUGGCCAGAAGAGGGCACUGGAUACCUGGUUCUGGAAUUAUAGGGGUGUGAGCCACCUUGUGGAUGCUGCGAACCAAACCCAGGUCCCCUACAAGGGCAGCCAGUGCUCCUCCUGGCUGAACCAUCUCUUCAACCAUCUCUCACACACAGAAUCUAUGAACUUGUGCAUGCAGUGACGUGGAAUUAGCCAGGAAGGAGGACCUCACGCGGGCCAUGAGUGUGGUCACACACUGUACCCUGAUGUGUGUUCUCUGGAAUUAAUUAUGCCUGCCCCUUCUGGAUCAUCAAACAAUCUAUGCUUUCAGAAUUGACUUUAAAAGUUUGUCUGAUAACAUCCUGAUUCUCAAGCCUGUUUUAAAACUAUAUACUCUAUACACCUUAGAAGCACUUUUAAAAACUCCUAGUAUAUUGCUUAAGUAUCCUCUUUUCCUUACUAAAAUCUAUGAAUGCAUCAUGCUCUUUCCAGGAGACAUAAACCUGAUUCUUUAGACUUGUGGAUUCAUCUGAUUACUAUAACCUGCCCCCUUUCUCCUGAGACAGAGUGAAGGGCUCUAGCAGGCCAACCAUUGCAAACCAGGCUGGAGCAUGGCAAACAUGGCACUGACACGAUACCCGUCUCCUCCUGCUGAGCUGUUAGAUCUCGUUCCUGAAGCUUGCUACUGAGGUCUGGCCCCUUAUUUGGCCACUGACUCAUUCCUGAGACCACCUAACACCAAGGUCCAGCUAUCAGAAUUCAUUAUUUUGACUAACCUAACUAAUAUACCUAACCAGAUCUUAACAGCACAUUCUAGCUCAUUCUAAAACAGAACUCCACCUUUUUCUCUUAAAAUUAACACUUGCAAAACUAUUUAUUGUUGUUUCUGUGUAAUUCAGAUUCAGCCUUGUCUCUCUGCCUUGCUUAAUAAAGGAUCUCUUUGCAUUUGGUUUGUGCUUGGACCUAGGUGUUUGGAUGUGGUCUGUGCCUAAUCCGGGGUCCAGAGGGGAGCACGGUACACAGGUCCCUUCACACAGAUUAUAAAAUUUCAAAUCAAAAGACAUCAUUUUAUUGUAAUGGAGCUAAUUCUUGAACAAUUAGACUGAGAGACAUUUUCCUUCCGUGAACAAACUUGCUUUUAUUUACUUACUUUGAGGGAGGGUCUUACUUUGCUGCCAAUGCUGGUCUUCAACUCCUGGGCCCAGCUGUUUCAGGCUCCUGAGUAGCUGGGACUCCAGGUACCACACCUGAGUCCCAAUUUAUAAACACUCAAAAUAAACAACUAAUGUGGAAAGCUGAUGCAGGGGAAUCAGUAGGAAACAGAAAUAGUCCAAAUGUCCUCCAAUUGCUGAAAGGAUGAUGAAAGUAUCACACAGACACACACACACACACAGAGACACACACACA